ACAGGGGCACGAGACGGGGCAGCUCUGCCGGCUCGGGGGCUCGCGGGGGUUGCAAAUAAAGCGCCGAUGCAUCCCGUGCAUUGGGGCUUUCUGGAAACACUAGAUUGGUAGUUGGCUCCUCUCCGGCCGUGGCAGCCAGCCGGCCGAGUGCAUUAAUAAAUGCGGUGGGGCUUUUAAAAUUGAAAUAUUAAUUUGUGGCUCUAAAUGCAUUAGGCUUUUUGUUUUUUUUGGCAAGCUGUUGAUUUGUUUUGUUAAACGCGCUUUACUUUCUUUUUUUUUAAGUGCAAGCAGUAGCGUGGGUGUAUUAAAUGCUUUUCUUUGCGAUCAGAUUUGUUGCCUUAAAUGAAUAGUUAUUUUGCUUUUUUUUGGUAGGCAGCAGAUCUGGUGCAUUACAUUUAUUUUUAAACAGCUGAUGCUGUUUUAGAUUGAAAUACCAGGUUUGAUCCUACUUGUGGGCAUGACCCAUUAUGCACAAGGAUGGAUUUUGUUGUUGCCCUUGUGUGGGGGGAUAGUAGCAGCUUGAUUUUAAAUCUCAGGAUAUUUUUGGGGAUUGUUGGGGACUGUAUGUAGAAAAUAGACACCAAUAACAUUGCGAUUUUUUUUUCAAAAUAGAUAAGGAUUUCACUUAUUUUCCCUGCUGCCUUUAGGUUCGCUUUUUUUUUUUUUUUUUAAGAGCUGCUCAGGUUUUGUUGAGGUGGGAGGUUGGGGCGAUUUUUUUUUUUUAGGGUUGUGAAAUUGCAGCAGUGUCUGUCCUCCUGUGUGAUCGAGCUGGGAAAAUGGAGGCUGUGAUAGAGAAGGAAUGUAGUGCGCUUGGAGGGCUCUUCCAGACCAUCAUAAGCGACAUGAAGGGAAGUUAUCCAGUUUGGGAAGAUUUUAUAAACAAAGCUGGGAAACUGCAGUCUCAGCUAAGGACUACCGUAGUAGCAGCUGCUGCCUUUCUGGAUGCCUUUCAGAAAGUGGCUGACAUGGCUACUAACACACGUGGUGGUACCAGAGAAAUUGGGUCCGCCCUGACGAGAAUGUGCAUGAGACACAGAAGUAUAGAGUCCAAACUCAGGCAGUUUUCAAGUGCUUUAAUUGACUGUCUGAUAAACCCACUUCAAGAACAGAUGGAAGAGUGGAAGAAAGUGGCCAAUCAACUGGAUAAAGACCAUGCAAAAGAGUACAAAAAAGCCCGCCAAGAGAUAAAAAAGAAGUCAUCGGACACGCUGAAACUGCAGAAGAAAGCAAAGAAAGCUGAGGCUCUGGGGAGAGGAGACAUCCAGCCCCAGUUGGACAGUGCAUUACAAGAUGUCAAUGAUAAGUACCUGCUGCUUGAAGAAACUGAGAAGCAGGCUGUUAGAAAGGCCCUCAUUGAAGAACGCAGUCGCUUCUGUACUUUUAUCUCGAUGCUGCGGCCUGUGAUAGAAGAAGAAAUAUCAAUGCUAGGAGAAAUAACACAUCUACAAACCAUAUCAGAUGACCUGAAAAACCUCACUAUGGAUCCUCACAAAUUGCCAUCAUCAAGUGAACAGGUGAUUCUAGAUUUGAAAGGUUCUGAUUACAGCUGGUCAUAUCAAACUCCUCCAUCCUCCCCCAGUACCACCAUGUCCAGAAAAUCUAGCGUUUGCAGCAGUCUGAACAGCGUUAACAGUAGUGAUUCCCGGUCGAGUGGCUCACACUCUCACUCACCUAGCUCACACUAUCGCUAUCGCAGCUCCAAUCUGCCUCAGCAGGCGCCCAUGAGACUGUCCAGCGUGUCAUCCCAUGAUUCUGGAUUCAUGUCCCAGGAUGCUUUCCAGUCCAAAUCGCCAUCCCCUAUGCCACCCGAAGCCCCUAACCAGAAUUCGUCCAGCUCUGCCUCUUCAGAAGCUUCUGAAACCUGCCAGUCAGUGAGCGAGUGCAGUUCCCCCACCUCAGUCAGCUCAGGCUCCACCAUGGGGGCUUGGGCCUCCACAGAUAAGUUGUCUAAUGGGUUUUAUCACUGUAGUUUAUCAAGUGACCCCUACCUAGCUUCAGUUGGUGCAGGUCCUUUCCCUCAUUUCCCGCCUGUCUCCCGCACAUGGACUCGGGCUUCCUCAACCCUCCUUCCAGACCGCGGUCAUUAUUACACCAUUGGGCCAAGCAUGUUAUCAUCAUCAUCUAAGAUCCCUAGCUGGAAGGAUUGGGCUAAACCAGGUCCAUAUGAUCAGCCUAUGGUGAACACCUUGCAACGCCGCAAAGAGAAACGUGAACCAGACCCUAAUGGAGGAGCCCCAAGUGGACCAUCUGUGCCCGCUGAGGAGGCCCAGAGACCUCGGAGUAUGACCGUGUCAGCUACCACAAGGGGAGAGGAGAUAGAAGCAUGCGAGGAGCUAGCUCUAGCUCUGACAAGAGGUCUGCAGCUGGACACCCAGAGAAGCAGCAGAGAUUCCUUGCAGUGCUCCAGUGGCUACAGCACUCAGACUACCACACCAUGCUGUUCGGAGGACACUAUCCCGUCACAAGUUUCAGAUUAUGAUUAUUUCUCUGUGAAUGCUGAUCAGGAGACAGAGCAACAAGAAUUUGACAAAUCCUCGACCAUUCCAAGAAACAGUGACAUCACCCAGUCCUACCGCAGAAUGUUUCAGGCCAAGCGUCCUGCUUCUACUGCAGGCCUGCCAACGACGCUUGGACCUGUAAUAGUUACACCCGGUGUAGCAACCAUCAGACGGACCCCUUCCACCAAACCUUCAGUCAGACGAGGUACCAUAGGAGGGGGCCCUAUUCCAAUCAAAACUCCAGUAAUUCCUGUCAAAACACCAACUGUACCAGAUGUACUAGGGGGACUGCCGGGCAUCCUGGGUGGGGGAGAAGAAUGUGCUGAGCAGAGUCCUGAGUCUGAAUCAGCAGGCGACGGCGGGCAAGGAGUCACCAGUAUGCCCUCUUCCUUGUGGAGCGGGCAAGCAUCUGUCAACCCUCCACCACCAAGCCAGAAGCUGAAUACCCCAGAUGAGCAGAGACAAGCACUCCCUGAAAGCGAGGGAGAAGAAAGCGAAAGGGAUAACGCAAGCACCCUUGCACCCCCAUGCCAGCCAAAAUGUGACCCAGGAGCCCUGAGCCCUGCAGAUGCCCCGCAAGGCGAAGAUAUGCUGAACGCCAUUCGCCGUGGUGUCAGACUGAAGAAAACUACGACAAAUGAUCGCUCGGCGCCUCGUAUUUUGUAGACAGGAGAGUGCUGCCAGAGUUCUAGUCACUGAGAAUGAACUGUGAUGGAACCUUAUUUGUCUCUAUCCAUUCCAAUCUAUAAUCAAAAGCUUUUGUAGGAAACUCAGUAAUAGACCGUUUUGAAGGUACUAUAAAGGGGAAAACAAGAUGAAAGCGCAUAGUAACAGACAUUUUCACUACUGUUUUAAUUUGUAAAUAUCAAUGAUUUUGUUUCUGCACAUUUUUGAUCUAAGACCCCCUUUUAAUUUUUUCUGAAGGUGCCAAAUCCCAUUUAACUUUUGUAUAACUCUUUGUAAAGUUUUAAAUACGCAUAAGGAAAAAAAAAGUUAUGUAGUUAACUUUGGCAAGGAGAUUUACGGCAUUUGGCUUUUUUGCAGGUUUUUGUAGAGCACCUUGUAAUCGUGAGGUUUAAAAGAAAUGAUACGUCUGUGUAUAAAUGAACCAGUAAGGAAUAGAUACUCAUUUAAGUAUAAUGAUUUUGUUUGUUUGUUUGAAAAGCAGGAAUAACAAUUGAUGAUAAAAGCAAUAUAAUGCAAGAAAGAAACCUGCAAUUGGUAGAGUAUUGGGGGAUAAUUGGGGGAGGGAAAUGCCAUCAAAAUAGCCGAUGCUGUUGCACAAGAGUAGCCUAGUAGGAUUAAGUGCUAGUAGCUUCACAGUAAGUGCAUCCGAAUAAGCCAUAUUGGAUUGCGGUGUUUGUUUCUGUAGCGUGUUUAAAGACUUUAGGUCCCCCCGCCAUUUCUUCUAGACUGCACAGCAACAACUUUCAGUCAUAUGCAUGCCACCGGAACUGUGUAGGCUUCGAUGUCCUCCAUUACUUUCCAUUCCGCUCACCCUUUCAUCGAAUUCAAACAAGUUCAAGAGGCUUAAGGCAGUUACAAAUGUGAAAACGUUUUAAAAAUGAUAGCAGGGAGUUCUUAGAUAUAUCAAAAUGCCUUUUACUGACUGAGCCCAGCAGGCUGGGCACCCUGAAAAGCCCAAAUAUUUUGAGAAAACACUUAAUGAUUUGACCGCAGUCACCAGCUUAAGAUCUAGUAAAUUGCAAAUAUAUUUCAUUUCCAGUUCAGGGGCUUGUUUUUCUUACCGUCUUUUAAAUGGCAGUUGAUUGGCUUUUACUAAAUACUGAAAAAUAGGGGGAUGGGUGAAAGAUUUGUAUUUAAUAUCGCUUCUCCGAGACCGACCACUCUGUUCCCUUUUUUGUAUUCUAGGUAAUGUAUUUUUGGAAUGUUACUGAUAGAAUUAUAGAUGAGAUGGAUUUUUUCCUCAAAGUAAAAUUAAGUUAUGACUGCAGUACCCAUCUCCUGAAGCCAAUAGAAAUGUGCAGAACUUGGAGUGCCGCAAGUGUUCUGUUCAAACAGUCCAAAAGGGCACAACCUGCCUACCUUCAUCAACCCCAAAAGUGAGAUAGGUACCAGGCUUGUACAUUUGAGACUGUUAAAAUACACCAAAAAAAAAAUGUAAGGGGCUAGUUUCCACAAAACACUGCAGAUUUCUGUUGGCUUUUGUCUUGCCUACAUAACCUCUUAUGCUUUAAUACAUAACUGCAUUGGACGUGAGACUUCUUGUAACUGAAUAGUCACUCUGUUCUAUAUAAUAUUUACACUGCUGUGGUUGCUUAACAUUUUUAUAUUAUGGCUUUAAAGCAAAAAGGCAUGAUUCUUAGAAUAUAUGAAAUUUUCCUUUCUUUGAAAAACAAGCUCCUUAUUACUGAAUAUUAUAAACAGUAGUGCCUGUGGUGGAGCCCACCAAUCUUGAUAAAGUAGCUGAUGCAUUGUGCAAAUGAUGCUUUGAGAUGGUUUUUGCUUAAACAAAAACUGUUAGAAAAUAAUCUCAAUAGUUAAAAGUGUUAUUUAAACCUUUGAAAUAAAUGGAUGUAACUGUACCGAAGUACAGCUUUUCACUUGUUUAGUUCUUAAACGUAAGUAUAAUCUCGGUAAAUGUAAUAUAAAAUGUUGCCAAAUUCAAUGUAGAAAGAAUGUGACAAAACACUUUGGAUAGUUCUGUUGUUUGUGUUUUUGCAUAUUGUAAAAGCAGUGUCACAGCUAAAAAAUAAAGUUUCUAAUGGUAAAUUAUUGUGGUUUAGUUGCUAGUUUGUACUGAGAGUUGACCUCUCCUUGUGCAGUUUUUUUGUUCUAAACUGGUAUAAAUAAUUGCUGUAACUGUGGGUCUCCCUUCUACGUUGUAAUGAUUGCUUCCGCCUACAUUAUAAAUAAAGAACUGAUGGAAAA